GACGCGGCCGGCUGGCUGGCUCCGGCGCGCCUGGCGGGGCCGCAGUGGCGGCGGCGCGGCGGCGGCGGCGGUGCUCGUGUGCGGCGCGGCGGGCCCUGCGGGGGGGGCGGGGCGCUGACGGCCGGGGGCGCGGCGGCGGCGGGCCGGGCUGCGGGCGGCGAGCGGGGGAAGAUGGCGGAGCUCGGUAAGAAGUACUGCGUGUACUGCCUGGCCGAGGUGAGCCCGCUGCGCUUCCGCUGCACCGAGUGCCAGGACAUCGAGCUGUGCCCCGAGUGCUUCUCGGCCGGCGCCGAGAUCGGCCACCACCGCCGCUACCACGGCUACCAGCUGGUGGACGGCGGGCGCUUCACGCUCUGGGGGCCCGAGGCCGAGGGCGGCUGGACCAGCCGCGAGGAGCAGCUGCUGCUGGACGCCAUCGAGCAGUUCGGCUUCGGAAACUGGGAGGAUAUGGCUGCUCACGUGGGCGCUUCCCGGACUCCCCAAGAAGUGAUGGAACAUUACGUGAGCAUGUACAUCCAUGGCAACCUGGGCAAAGCCUGCAUCCCUGACACCAUCCCCAACCGGGUGACAGACCACACCUGUCCCAGCGGAGGCCCCCUCUCGCCCAGCCUCACCACCCCGCUGCCUCCCCUGGACAUCUCGGUGGCGGAGCAGCAGCAGCUGGGCUACAUGCCGCUGCGGGACGACUACGAGAUUGAGUAUGACCAGGACGCGGAGACGCUCAUCAGCGGGCUCUCGGUGAACUACGACGACGACGACGUGGAGAUCGAGCUCAAGCGCGCCCACGUGGACAUGUACGUGCGGAAGCUGAAGGAGCGGCAGCGCCGCAAGAACAUCGCCCGCGACUAUAACCUGGUGCCAGCCUUUCUGGGGAAGGACAGGAAGGAGAAGGAGAAGACGCUGAAGCGCAAGAUCACGAAGGAGGAGAAGGAGCUGCGCCUGAAGCUGAGGCCGCUCUACCAGUUCAUGUCGUGCAAGGAGUUCGAUGACCUGUUUGAAAACAUGCACAAAGAGAAGAUGCUCCGGGCCAAGAUCCGGGAACUGCAGCGCUACCGGCGGAACGGCAUCACCAAGAUGGAGGAGUCGGCGGAGUACGAGGCGGCGCGGCACAAGCGCGAGAAGAGGAAGGAGAACAAAAACCUGGCCGGCUCCAAGCGCGGCAAGGAGGACGGCAAGGACGGCGAGUUCUCCGCCAUCGAGAACCUGCCCGGGUUCGAGCUCCUGUCCGACCGCGAGAAGGUGCUCUGCAGCUCUUUAAACUUGAGUCCCGCGCGCUACGUGACUGUGAAGACUAUUAUCAUUAAAGACCACCUCCAGAAACGACAAGGAAUCCCCUCCAAAAGUCGCCUUCCUAGUUACUUAGACAAAGUCCUAAAGAAAAGAAUUUUGAAUUUCCUCACGGAGAGUGGCUGGAUCUCCAGGGACGCGUCUUGAGGCAGCAGGCGCCCUGGAGCCAGCGUGACCUGGGGUGCUGCCCCACUGUUGCUCUGUUUUAGACAAAUUGAGUUCCUUUUUUUAAGAUACAAGUUCUUUUCAUGGUCCUCUGAAAGCAGCAAUAGUGACAAUCUUAUAUUGGAUCAUGGGGGAAAGAAAUAUAAGUCUAUUUUAACUUAAUCCUAAAAGUAAUACUUUAAGAUGAUUUGCCUUUACCUGUUCGGUUUGGAGAGUAUUAUGAGAUUGGAUAAUUUCUUUUUAUUUUGUGAGCUUUCUUCCCUUUGGGUACAAAAACUGUUGUGCUAUGGGGAACAGGAGCAUGGUUUUCCCGCUGGACUGCAAGCAAAAGCGCUUUCCCGGUGACACAGCUCUUCUCAGCGGGGCUGCGGGAGGCUCCCUUCUCUGAGCCCACAUGCCCCAGCUGACCCCGGUGCGCCCGGGCACGAGGCACUUUACAGGGAGGCAGGUCGGGCACAGAUCCACUGUGUAGCAGAUGAAGAGAGGCCAGAGAACAGGAUGAUGUUUCCAUAGAAUUUAAUGAGGAAGAAUCUGUGGUUGAACACAAUGACCAGAUCACCAGUUUGAGCCUGCAGUCCCCAGGUCCCCAAACUGAGCCUCGCCUCGUUCUGAUCUGGGCAGAGCCUGCUGGUUCCCUUGGGAAGAUUAGUGACCCCCAGGGCCGGCUCCCUUAGUGUGGCCAUGUCCCUAUGAGGACAGGGCUGGUGUGGACUGCCAGAACCUGUAGACCAGCUUCCCAGGGCUGAGUGUUGCUGUUGGUACGUGCAGUGCAUUUUACUUUGGAAGAACCGGCUUUAAAAAGUUUAAGGCUAAGAGUUCUGAGUUCUGGCGUUAAAUUCCUCAGGAUUUUCAUCACGGUUGCAAGUACCCUUUUUGCUGAAACACGAGCACACUCGCCUGGCAAAGCAUCUUCAGUGUCACGAGGCCAGGGCAGUUCUGACCAGCGUGUCGUGGGCCAUGCCUCAGCCUGCGCGCUGCUUCUCUGUUAACUGUCCUGAAGCAGACUUAGAAAUGGCUUCUUCCCAGCCCUGUAAGUUUCUUUCUGGGGCCUUCCUUCAAGGAUAUACAUGGUACCUUCCUGAAAUUUGAGGAAGUCUUUUGUCUUCCGGCUGCUCAGGCUGCUCACGCUGCUCAGGGUUCUCCCGCCUAUGCCUAAGACCCUGCUUUAAGGAGAGUCUGGAGUGACAGUCCCAGCACUCCAUUCUUUCAGGAGCUUGUCUUGCCUCUCCUGCCCCCAUAGGUACCAAGAGACUAUUUACCUCCCACAAUGUUUGGGUGUGAAGUUACAUUAAAGUGAAGUUAUUUGAAAGAAAAAAAAAAAAAAAACCUCAUCAUUUCCAAGGACAACUUAAUUACUGUGCCUUUUCCUUUCUUUUUACAUCCUUCUGUCCCCUAGGGUAAAUUUUUCAGCAUUAAAUAAAACAUUUCAAAUAUAUGGUAUAUGGCUUUAGUUGUAAAGUACAUUGCAUGCUGGCAGAAGCGUUCCCUAUUAGCUGAGUCCAGAACUCUUCUUUUGACAAUAAAAGUACUGAGCAGUGGUAUUACUCAUGAGGGCCACCUCCACAUUGUCCCCUGCAGGACAAAUACGAUUGACAGAAAGCUGACCUUGUCUACCACUGAAUGUAAUGGAGAUGGUGCUAAGUUUUUACAGUUGUCUUGGCCAGUGGUUCUCAAAGUGGGGUUCCUGGCCCAGCAGCAUUAGCGUCCCCCAGAAACUUGUUAGAAGUGCAGACACUCGGGCCCACCCUGUCUCCGGACUCAGCCAUUCUGGGGGUGGUGCCCAGAGCUAUGCGACAAGCCCUCCAGUGACAGGAUGCAGAUUCACGCUUGAGAACCACUGGCUUCAGCUAUUCUGGUGUCUCAUUCAUUGGUUUAACAUCAGAAUCCUAGUUUGGUGAGGUUUUAAGUUUAGUCUUAUUUUUAUAUAAAACAAUUGCCAGACUUGUAUUAAGCUUGAGAAGCAGAAAAUCCCUGUAAAUGUGUAUGGCCUAGGCCAAGAGCUGUCAAAUGAAAAACUUUGUGCUGAAGCAGGUUUUUAGUAUGUAUCUUUUUGACGGUAUGAAGAAUUUAUUUAGGCUUGACUGUUUUAAAACACCAUAAUGAAUGUAUAAUUAAUUUAUAUUAAAGUAUUAAUACUUUGUUACAAGGGAAAGGUGAUUUUGAUUGGCUGCCUCUUAGCCUGUCAAUUCCAGCUGUCACUGUCACAAUAGUGCUUACCUCUGCUGGUAGCUCAGAGCCUCUGCAUUUUUAUAUUUAUUUCUCAUGAUAAAUUUGCCACCACAAUCCCAUGGAAUUAGGUCUUUUUAAAAUUUAAGCAAACUCUUUGAGUCAAAAAAGUUGGGUAAUUUUCUCCAGCCAUUUGAAAUAAUGCUCUCUGGAUGGCCAACAUUCCAAGAAUGUAUUAAAAACUGAAACUCUGACUACCAUUUUUAUUAUCCUUUUAUGUAUUAAACAAGUUGAGAACAAA